AUGAAAGGGAGGUCCAAGAAAGAAGACGAGGACAGUAUAGUUUUUGAGUUUUUUCAAUCACCUUAUACCCUACCGAAACUUUCCUUGGCAGUUGUGUCUGGACUUAACUUUUCUGUUGCUGUAUACAACUGGUUUUUACCAGAUGACCAUUAUAUAUACAGUGAUCACAAGAGAUCAUUAAAGUACACAUCAAUCUCCACCUUGAUGACCACUUUGGAAAGUGCUCGAAUUUGUGAAGGUAUAAGUAAAGAGGAACACAUUGUCUCCCUGUGUGAAGAUCCCAGUCCCACCUGUGGUUCCAGCAGUGUGAUGCAACAUACAAUCCCAAUUGAGCGGAAAUUGUAUGAAGAGGAUGGUCCACCAUUUCAGACUCGUGUGUUUAUCAGGUCUGAACAUUGUGAAUUGCUUUGCAAUGACAUUUCCUGUUCUAAAUGUAUCCAGAAGGAAAAAUCCCUCAGCAAAAUGAAAUCGAGUACAUCAAAGAAAACGACUGAGCCUCUCAAGGGUAAUGCACCUCUGACUGGUUCAAGUAAGGAGAGGUUAAUUGCCACUGUCCAAAAGCAAAGGCUGGUAUGUAAGGAGCUUGAGGGUUGAAUAUCUGAACUAGAGAAGGAAAUUGAGAGUAACAGCAUCCCCAUUGAUGAAACGAUGGAAAAGGAUAUCUUGGCCAUUCUUGCAGAUAGAAGUGAUGAAGUUACCCCACACAUGAAAGUUUUCUGGGAGCAACAAAGGAAACUACUGGCAAUGCCAAAAUUUGGAAGGAGGUAAAUGAAGUAUUGUAUUAUUAGAAGUUAGAAUAUGUACUUUUUAAUAUUCUAGAGUAUUUGCAAAAUACUCAAACAAUAGAAAUCACUCAGCUGUUUGGAAACCAGGGUUUCCAAACAGCUGAGUGGUUUUUAUUGUUUGAGUAUUUUGCAAAUUCAAUAGAGCAAUGAAUAUCGGUCGGUGAACAGUCAAGUGAAUUCAUUGUUCUCAAGUGUAAACUUGGAAACCCUGGUGCAACACGAGCCACAAGUGUAUGAAAUAACUUCUUAAUCGACAAUAGUCUAUUGUUUUACUAGUCUAUGUGGCUUGCGAGGUCAAGUAAAGUUGUGUGAUUAAAAUUUGCAAACUAACCUACAUUGGUUUGUUAAUUUAUAAUUAAGAAUUGUGGUAAUAACACCGUUUUCAUUGUUUUGACUGUUUUCAUAAUUAACCCAUUGAGUGGCAGCACUGUCCACUUGACAAGUAAAAUUGUCUGGCGUUAAUUAAACAGCGUGGCAUACUAAAUUAGGGCGCAUCAGGGUGAAUUGCCACUUAAAAGGUUAAGGAAUGUUGUAAUGGCUCACUUGUUAUUGUCUCAAGCAUUUAUUAUCUAAUUUCUUAAUUACUGAUUCAAAAUUUAGAUCUUUACUGGGGUUUAGAUCUUUACCAAAUUUAGAUCUUUACCAAAUUCAUGCAUGUGACAAAAUGUUUGUGUUUGAUUGGUCUAUUUGCUCAUGAAUUAUUAAUGAGUAAAUAUAUUUUCCCCCUCAUUCAUACUUUACAUGUUCUUUGUAGUAUUACCGUAAACCUCUGACUAUAAGCCCUGGGCUUAUAUUCUUUUUCGUAAGCGAUUUUUGAUGGGCAUAUACAAGGAGGUGCUUAUACGGGAGGUUUUAUACAUGGACGGUCUUUUGUGUUAGUGUAUAGUGAUAAAAAAGUAUAGUAAUAGUAAUAAACAAGUGUUAAGCAUAGUAGUAAUAGUGAUUAAUAGUGGUAUGAGUUGGUUUGGAAUGAGGUGAGCAUUAGUUAGUACAUGUGGUGUGCUUAUACAUGGGGGGGGGGCUUAUAUUUGGGGGGAGGCUUAUAUUCGGAGGUUUACAGUAUUAUUUCUCACACACCACCCUACUAAUAAAGCCAUUACUAUUAUAUUAUUAUUAUAGGUACCACCCUCACAUUAUCUGCUUCUGUCUGUCCCUUCAUGCCAAGUCUCCGGCAGCAUAUAAAGAAUUGCGAGAGUCAGGUGUUCUGGUGCUGCCAAGCGAAAGAACUCUUAGGGAUUAUCGGAAUUUCUUCAAGCCAAGGGCAGGCUUUCAUCCAGAUAAUGUUGAAAGAUUGAAGAACCAAACCAGCCGGUAUUUUGACAUACAGAGAUAUGUUGUCCUUUCAUUUGAUGAAAUGAAAAUUCAAUCGAAGGUGGUAUUUGAUAAACAUUCCAAUGAACUAAUUGGGUUUGUUGAUCUCGGAGAAGAGGAAUUGAAUGUACGUGGUGCUGCCAGUGAUCUUAAGUAUGCCCUUGCAUACUUUCUUACCAAAGAUGUUACUUCUUACCAGAUCAUGCAUUUGUUUUGGAAAGCAGUGUCCAUACUCAAGCUUUUGUGCAACCUCUGGGUUUGUGCCGCUGUAUCUGAUGGAGCCUCGCCAAAUCGACUCUUUUACCAACUGCAUGCUGAUUUGAUAGAACCAGAUGUCGAAGUGGUACACUACACACCCAACCUUUUUGCUCCAAGCAGGAACAUCUACUUCUUCUCCGAUGCUCCACAUUUGCUGAAGACAACUAGAAACUGCCUCUUCAAUUCCGGUAGUGGUAAGCGCACACGUAGCAUGUGGAAAAAUGGGAAGUACCUACUCUGGGAACACAUUGCCAAGCUUUAUUACUCAGAUCUUGACUCAGGGCUACAUCAGCUACCUAAGUUGACAGUAGAUCACAUCGCUCUGAAGUCGUAUUCGAAGAUGAAAGUCAGCAUGGCAGUGCAAAUGUUAAGCAAUACAGUUGCACAAGCUCUACAGCGUCAUUGCUCAUCAGGAGAAGCACAGGGAACCACUAAUCUGUGCAAGAUGAUGAACGAUUUUUUGAUUGUAUGAAUGUCUGCUCCACCACUGAGUACCAGAGAAAGCGCAAUGCUUUAUUAGCCCCAUACAGAAGUGCAGAUGAUGAAAGAUUUGAUUGGCUGCAAAAUGUAUUUUUGGAAUACUUAACCAAUUGGAAAUCAUCAACAGAAUCAAGAGAAGGUGCAUUUACUGAUGAUGACAGAGGACGCAUGUUCCUGAGUAUCCAAACCUUUAAGGGAUUAACAAUGACAGUCAAAUCAGCUAUCGCAAUCACCAAGUUUUUAUUGAGUGAGGGGUUUGAGUUUGUUUUGACUGAACGGUUUUGUCAAGAUGAUGUUGAGGAGUACUUUGGCUACCAACGUGCACAAGAGCGAAGAAGUGACAACCCAUCAGCCGCUGAAUUUGGUUACAAUGACCUAAGAAUUGCCACCCUGCGAGAUGUUGCACCCCAAUCAAUCGAGGGAAAUGUAUCUGGACGGCAUUCUGGGAAGAAAAGUAAGUGGUGCAAUGUGAGCGAUGAGCCCCUGCCCAAAAAGAAAACAAAGAAGAAAACCAUAAACUGA